UACAAAAUUAAAUAUUUUAUUUUUUAUCAUAUUUAUCACGUUUAAUACAGUUACAGGUUCUUGCCUAAGUUACGGACAUUCUUGUUGGGGUGCACACGGUAAACGAUCGAAUGUCAAUCAAAUGGAUAAUAAUGGAGGUAUUGAUCAAAAGAGUAUUGAAUGGUUCUUAUCAAAAUUGGACAGAUCUAUGGUAAAACCGAAUGACGUUAUAACAUCCGAUGGUUACCAUAAAAUAAAAACAUUACGACGAAAUUUUGAUGUUGAUGAAAAACUGAAUAAUUUUGAUGAUACAAGUAUAAUUUCUGAACCAUUUUUAGUGAAAGAUAUUCUUCGAGAUGAAACUCAUCCUUUUGAUAUGAUGUCCAAUCAAAAAUACAAUGACGAAAAACUAGCCAUAGGACCGGCUGUCUCAGCUGAAGAAGUAUUAAUUGAUCGUUUAAAUAAACGAAAACAUCAAGAUCGAAAGCAGAAUUGGCAAAUUUUACGAAAUAAUGUCGAACCAUCAAUUUUAAUCUCUGAAGAUGAUGUAAGAAAUUACACAUAAAUAUGAAAAAACAAAAUUUUUUUUUUCAAAUCAAAAUAAUUAGAUAUAUAUAAAAAAAUACUGUAAAUGUAAUUUUAAUUUUCAAAAAUGUAAAUGUUUUAAUAUAACUGGCUGG